AUGCUGCAACAUCUUCCUGAAAGUCGGACGCUGCCCGCCCACGAGACGGAGACCAUGUCAACCCAAAGUUCGAACCAACAUAUCGAGGCUUAUGAGAUGGAGGAGUACGGAGGCGCCUCCGAACCGGAAGAUGAGCCGGUCCAGCAGGUGGAUACGAGCCGAAAUUUGACCGGAGCCAUUUUUGAAGCCUUCUCCGCCAUUAUCCUAAUCCAGGUGACUUGA